AAGAGGAAGAGGAAUAUGGGGACGUGGGAUGGGGACGUGGAUUUAGGGUUUGGAGCUCUCUCUGGGCAGGCUGCGGGUGUAAAGCAGGGCCAUGGUGCCCCAGCCGGUUCUCUUUCGCAGCUAAGCGCACAUCCCUCCCUUCCCCUCCCACUCUCGUCGUGCGUUCCGAAGCCAGCUGCCAUGGUGUUCCGGAGAUUUGUGGAAAUCGGACGCGUUGCUCUUAUCAACUAUGGCCCCGAGCAUGGAAAGCUCGUCGUGAUCGUCGACGUUGUCGACCAGAACAGGGCGCUUAUUGACGCGCCGGAUAUGGUCCGCACUCAGAUCAAUUUCAAGCGCCUGUCCCUCACCGAUAUUACUAUCCCUGAGCUUCCGAGGACUCCCUCGAAGAAAGUGCUCAAGAAGGCUUAUGACGACGCGGAUGUGGAAGGGAAGUGGAGUAACAGCGCUUGGGGUAAGAAGCUCGCUGUGCGUAUCAAGAGGGCGAGUUUGAACGACUUCGACCGCUUCAAGGUCAUGGUGGCGCGCGUCAAGAGAAGCUCCAUUGUGCGCCGGGAGCUCGGGAAGUUGAGAAGGGAAAAGGCUUAAGUUGAGUGAAUACUUGAUAUGGUACCUUGAGCAGUGUUAGUUCCUUCUCUAUCACUUGGAUUGCUGUAACUCUCAGAACUGGAAUUUCGUUAUGCCAAUGACUUUUUUAAUGUAGUUCCGGUUGUACUCGUGAGCUCAGCAUAGUAAAAGCUUAUCUGUCACCUCUUCCAAUUUAAUAUCCACAUUCACAAUUACUUGAUUGA